AUGUCCAUUUUUCAAUCCAAGAAUAAGAGACCUCAACCACUAACUGAUGCUGAUUAUGAUCAUGAAAUCGGAUUAGUGGAUCAUACAGAUCCAAGUGCGGUUCAAAGUCGGAGUCGGAGUCGAAGUCGUUCAAGAAGAGGGCAGGUCAAAACUGAUGAUCUGCCAGCGAUAAUUGUAACAGAUUCAUCGUCGAGGGAUCGAGCUGAUGAGCCAUUGAGGAGAAAGAGGUCUUUGAGAGCGGAGUUGACAAGGAGGAAAUGGAAGAAAUAUAGGGACGCGCAUGUUGCUGCAGAUGAAAUCGAAGAUAGUCCUGUUAAAGUCAACUCGAUGGUAACCAUACCUGCAGAAGUCUAUGAUGCCGUUAACGAUGAAGAAAAUCGGGGCCGAAGUCGAAGAAGAACAAAAGCUCAACAGGAACGGGACAAACUGCCUUACGAGAUUGAUAUCUUAUAUGAAAACGAACGAGGGCUGAUUCUAUGUGGAUUGCAUAUGUUUUCUGGUCAAGCAUUAGGGGUCCUGGAUGCCGCGCCUUGGUCGAAGAUUACGAAUAAGCCCAGCUUGACAGAUACUUCGAAUGCUCAAGUCCCGGAUCCAAGUUGGGAAUGGGCGUGGCCAGAGUGGAUUGUCAAUCAUGAUGACGGGGUCGAUGAUGAAGGGUGGGAAUAUUCUUUCGCUUUCUCUAAGAAAUGGUCAUGGCAUAAUGCCAAAUGGUAUAGCUCAUUUGUUCGAAGAAGAGUAUGGAUUCGAAAGCGAGUCAAAAAGGGUCAUAUGCCACUACAUGCUCACAUGCUUAAUGAUGAUUACUUUACUAUACAUCCACCACGUAGCAGAAGUCGCGCGACAACUCUUACAGGCCCCCAUGCUUUAGAGGCAGAUGGUCGAAGUCGGAACAGUUUAGCAGCCUCUAGCCGCAAUUACGAAACCGAGUGGAAGGUCGAGGAAAUAAGUAAUAUUGCAACUCUAAUGAAAGUGCUCCGAAUUUGUCGAAUCGAUAGAGAGAAAAUGGAAGCAGUGGAGAGUUUUAUCAAACAUGGGGGCGAGGAAUUGCAUUAUCUAACAAAGCCCGAACACAUGCACGAGAUUAUGAACAUGUUUAUCUUUCAGGCGAGUAGGCGGAUUUUGCUGGCGAGAUUGAUGAAAGAAUUUGAGGAAGCGGGUGGGGAGAUUAAGGAGGGGGGAAAGGGGGAUGGGGACGAGACUGAGGGCGACAGUGCAAUUAUGAAACAAAGACAACGUGCCAAGAAUCUGGAAGCAGCACUUAAAGCCGCAGACGAAGAAGUCAAGAGAUUGGAAUAUUGGAGUGAUGUUCGACGUAUGGCCGAGAAAGGAGAAACGAUUGGGGCAGUAGAUGAUGAAAAAGGAUGGGAUGGAAAUUGGGAGGGCUUGGAUGGGAGUGGGCCCAAAGAUGCGAAAUUUGAUGGGAAGGUUAUGGAAGGGGAGGAGGGGGAGGAAGAGGAAGAGGGUAGCAUUGAGGGGAAAGAAAAUGGGAAUAGUGAUAAGAAAGACAAGGGAAAGGAACGUGCUCAAGAUUGA